AUGGCCGCCCGGAGCCGUGCACCUAAACCCGCCACCCCGGCAAACUACAAGGGCUUCGUGGCGGGCGUGUUCUCCGGGAUAGCAAAGCUCACGGUCGGCCACCCGUUCGACACAAUCAAGGUCCGGCUGCAGACCACCGACAGCACGCGGUUCAGCGGGCCGCUGCAGUGCGUGAGCCAGACGAUACGCAAUGAGGGCGUGAGGGGCCUGUACAAGGGCGCCACGCCGCCGCUCGUGGGGUGGAUGUUUAUGGACUCGAUCAUGAUGGGCAGCUUGACGGUCUACCGGCGGCUGCUGGCGGAGCAUGUGUUCACACACCUCCCGGCCUACGGCCACGGGCUGGCGGGCAUCCUCGCCGGGUCGACGGUGAGCUUCAUCGCCGCGCCGGUCGAGCACAUCAAGGCGCGGCUGCAGAUCCAGUACUCGGCCGCCAAGUCCGGGCGUCUGUACUCGGGGCCCUUGGACUGCCUGCGCAAGAUCUACGCGCACCACGGCGUCCGCGGCGUGUACACGGGCCUGUCGGCCACCUUACUCUUCCGGAGCUUCUUCUUCUUCUGGUGGGGCUCGUACGACAUCCUCUCCGGGGUCCUCCGGGACAAGACUAGCCUCAGCACUCCCGCCGUCAACUUCUGGGCUGGGGGGUUAUCCGCACAGGUCUUCUGGAUCACGAGCUACCCCAGCGACGUGGUCAAGCAGCGCAUCAUGACGGACCCGCUGGGCGGGGGGCUGGGGGACGGGGAGAGCAGGUUCGGUAAGGGCAGAGGUGCCUGGGCCAGGGCCGCGCGGGCGGUGUAUAGGGACGCCGGCGGGUGGAGGGGGUUCUGGAGGGGGUUUGUGCCCUGCUUCCUGAGGGCGUUCCCGGCGAAUGCGAUGGCGCUGCUCACUUUUGAGGGCAUCAUGAGGACGUUGCCUUGA